UAUGUAGUUUGUUUAUCUACGUGACCUGUAUAUUACUCUCAUAAUCUGUAUCUUAUCAAAUUGAUCAUUGUUCUAUCUACGGUACCUGCCCAGAUCCUAAUGUUCUCGAUCCGUUAUAGAUUUAAAUAAUGUUCAAACCACACAUUUGAUCUGGUAUAGUCGCAUCGUCUGUUUAUAAACUUUUCAUGUGUUGUGUAUUCGACAUAAAACCAGUUGUUGUUUUAGACGGAUUAGAAAAAAAUUACAAUUAUAUUAUGGGAAAUACAGGUGGCAGACUAAAAAAAAUUAGGAAAUCCUUGAGGAGGAUCAGUCUAUCAAGAAGCAAAGAGAACUUGAGUAGGGGCGAUCAAACUAGACGUUCUAUCAGUUUAAUGAAUUUAUCAGUAUUGAAGAAGAACAUUAUCCACAAGAAAAAAUCAAAGAGCACUGUAUUAGUUUCGGAAUCUUACGAUCAAUUCAAAAAUUCAGAAGACGACAAAGAAAUACUUGUGAUAACAAAAUCCAGCUCCACAUCGAGUUUAAAAACAUUAGAAAAAACUGCGUCAGCUGAAGUCUCGGAAAUACAGAGUCCUGAAGGACUAGAGAAAAAUGCGGAAAAAUCAAAAGUUAAUGUACCUGCAGAGGAAAUAGAUAAUUUGAGAAUUGGGGAUCAUGGACCAAGGAAACUCUCUUUGGACCUGAGUCUAAAUAAUUCUUCUCAUGAUAAAACAGAGAAUGAGACAAUGUUCAAGUCGGAAAAAGAACUGAUCCCUGAUAAACCCGAAUGUAGUGAAACUUCGGCAUUGAAAAAAAUAGAUCAGAAACUUAAUAACAUUGAACAACAGAUUGAACAAAUGUCACACGAUGAUCUGUUAAUUCAUCUUCCCUUACUUAAAGAUGAAAUUCACUUUUUAUGGAUAAAGUCUUAUGAUGUUAAAUCAUCCAAUGAAGAGGUAUAUCCCAAAAAAGUAAAUACAAUCGAAUAUUCAAAAAAAGUAUUACAUAAACUAUAUAGUAAAGCAUUCAAACAACACGAAUACUGUACAUUAGAAAAAAAUUUUGGUGACUGUGAUUAUAGAUAGAAUUUUGAAUCGAUUUGUUGCGAUACGCUUGACAUAAAAAAUUUUAUUGUGAAAUAUCCUGUAAGUUUUAUUAUAUUUAUAUUUUACAAGGUAAUUAAAUUUUGUAUAUGUUUA